AUGAAGGGCCACAAAGCAAAGACCACGAAGUCCUCCACUCUUCUCACCACGGAAUUGAGGAAGCAAGGCUUGAAAAUGGUCCAGGACGAAAUGGAUCCGGCUCUAGGACUUGGACCAAUGUUCACCAUCACGGCCUUGAAGCAAGGCACCAGCAACAGCGACGUCGCAUAUCGUCUCUACUACGCCGGUGAGGUGUGCAAGGUCAGUGCUAAGCACCGCAAUGCUGUCGCCAAGGCAAAGAAGAAACAGUCGGGCAAUGGCGCACUUGGACUUAGCCUGAUUGCCGCUGGCGGUGUGAAGAAUGGAUCGAAGCUCGAGCUCGUUGUUGACGAGGCAAGUGAUCACAGCUCUGGCAGUGAGACCGGGAGUGAUUCGAGCAGUGACACUUCUGGCAGCUCGGUCAGUGGGGUGAAUGAUUGA